AUGGUUUUUAUUAAAAUAACACUAGAACUAAUAAUAAUAUUAUUAUUCUCUAUUACUGGUAUAUUAUCUUAUCAAAAUCCAUGUGAUUUACCUGAUGUUAAGUGUAAUCUUAACAAUUCAUUUUGUAUACCAACACACGAUUCAUAUAAAUGUCAUUGCUUAUAUGGUUAUACUGGUGAAACAUGUAAUGAAAUUGAUUUUUGUAUAAAAAAACCAUGCUUAUAUGUAGAUGAUGAUGAAGAUGGUUGUAAAAAUAAAAAAGAUGGUUAUGAAUGUAUAUGUUCAAAAGGAUUUACUGGUGAAAAUUGUACAAAAGAUAUUAAUGAAUGUGAGGAAAAUCCAAAUAUUUGUCAAAAUGGAGGAAGAUGUAUUAAUAAGAAUGGUUUUUAUACAUGUCAAUGUAAAAAUCAAUUUACAGGACCAAAUUGUGAGUAUAAAUUAAAUGAAGUUCUUAAAAAAAGAAAAUGUUUUAAUGGUGGUGCUUUUGAUAGUUAUGAUAAAACAUGCUCCUGUCCAGAUGGUUUUGAUGGUGUUUUUUGUGAAAAACAAAUACAACAAUGUGCUUUAGGUAUUUGUAAAAAUGGUGGAAUAUGUAGGGAGACUUUUGAUGAUUUAAAUUGUUACUGUCCAGAAGGUUUUGAAGGAGAUUAUUGUGAAAAUCCUAUUGAUUUUUGUAAUGAAGAUUAUAUGUGCAAAAAUGGUGGUACAUGUCUUGAUAAUAAAAAUGGAACAUUUAGAUGUUUAUGUCCAUAUGGUUUAUCAGGAAGAUUCUGUGAAAUUAAUGAGAAUGAUUGUGUUGAUAAUAAGUGUUAUCCAGGAUCAAAAUGUAUUGAUAUGAUAGCUACUUACAAAUGUCAAUGUGAAGAAGGACGUUUUGGAAGAUAUUGUCAAUAUGAAAAUCCUUGUUAUGGUACUAAAAAUCCAUGUCAGAAUAAUGGAUACUGUGAAAGUUUUCCUCAUAAUGGUGGAUAUAAAUGUCACUGUGAAUAUGGUUUCACUGGAGUUGACUGUGAGGAAGAUAUAAAUGAAUGUGAAAGAAAUCCAAUGAUUUGUAAUAAAGGAACUUGUAUUAAUACUCCAGGAAGUUUUGAUUGCGAAUGUCAAUUUGGAUAUAAUGGAACAUUUUGUAAUGAUAAAGUUGAUUUAUGUGCUGAAAUGAGAUGUGCUUCUGGUGCUUCAUGUUUAGAUUUUGGAUCAUAUGCUGAAUGUAUCUGCCCAGCCGGUUUUAAAGGAGAUUUAUGCCAAGAAAAGAUUAAAUCAGAAGUUGAAGAAUGGAUGGAAAUGGAUAAUAAAAUGAAGAAAAUUUGUAUUAAUAAUGGUUGUGAAAAUAAAGCCAGAAAUGGAAUUUGUGAUGAUGAAUGUAACUACUUUAGUUGUGGUUAUGAUGGUGGUGAUUGUACAGGAAAUGUAACAUUAUAUAAAUAUUGUGAGAAUGCUUUUUUCUGUUCUUCUAAUGCUAAUAAUGGUGCAUGUGAUGAGGUAUGUAAUACACAAUAUUGUCUAUUUGAUGGUGGUGAUUGUCACUCAAAAUUAACCAAUAAAGAAAAAGAACUUAACUCUCUCUGUUUUGGAGAUUAUGCAAAUGGAAUUUGUGAAUCUAAAUGUAAUAUAUCAACUUUCUAUUUUGAUGGUGGUGAUUGUUUGACAAAAUCUAAACCAAUGGAUGCAACUAUUCACCUUGCUUUUAAUAUGACAAUGAAUCAAUUUAUGGAACAUAAAUCUGAAUUACUUCAAUAUCUUUCAAGAGCUAUUCGUGGUAAAGUAUCAAUUAUUAAUAAUACUGAUACAAAUUUACCAAGUAUCAUACCAUAUGAUUUAAAAAAUUAUACAGAAAUUAAUGAUAAACAUAUUGAUCCAUCUCAAAAAGGUGUCAUGGUUAAUGUUGCCAUUGACAAUACACCAUGUUUAGAAUCUGGACAAGAAAAUUAUUGUUACAAUGACAUUGAAGCUGUUGAAGAAGAAUUUGGUAAUAUAGCUAAAAGGCAUAUUGUUAUACAUGAAAAACCAUUAAGUUUAGCAUAUAUUAAAGCUGAUAAAAUAUCAAAACAUACACAUGGAAAAAAAAGUGAUACAUUUUUUUGGACUAUUUUUCUUCCCGGUGUUUCUUUACUAGCUUUACUUCUUACUAUUACUGGUAUUGUUAUAAGAGAUAGAAAAAGAAAACAUUAUUUUUCUAAUGUAUGGAGACCUUUAAAUACAGAUGGAACACCAAGUCUACCACAUUCAAAUUUUACUAUAUCAUCUAAAGAUUUUUAUCCUACGAAAAAAAAAAAUUUUCCUGGAACUGUUAUUCAUAAUAUUGUUGAAAAUCGUAAUGGAAUGACAGAAGAGAUGGUUGUGAAUGAAAUCAAAAGAAUGGUCAAUCGUGGUAUUAAUAUUAAUGAAUUAAAUGAGAAAGAUGAAACAGUUCUCUUAAUAGCUGUUAGAAACGAAUUAUGUAAAAUAACUGAGGCAUUGUUACGUCUUGGAGCUGAUCCAACUUUGUCAGAUGAUCAAGAAAUGACACCACUUCAUCAUGCAGCAAUGACAACAAAUAUUUCUAUUGGUAAUUUAUUAUGUCAAUCAUCAAAAAUUGACAUUGAAGCAAUAGAUUUUCUUGGAAGAACACCCCUUAAAUGUUGUGUUUUUUCUGAUACAGAAGAUUCUUUAGAUUUUGCCAAACUCCUUUUCUCAAUGAAUUGUGAUCCAAAUAAUUGUGGAAAAAAAGGUGGUGUUCUUUUAGAUGGAAAGACACCACUUCAUAUUGCUGCUGAAACUAAUAAUACAGAAAUUAUUGAAUUUUUAAUUGAUCAUGGUGCUAAUAAAGAUGCAGGUGAUGCUUAUGAUCAGACACCAUUAUUUAUAGCUGCUAAAGAAGGUAAUCUUGCUGCUGUGAAAUGUUUAUUAAAUAAAGGUGCAAGUAAAGAAAUAACUGAUCAACAAGAUAAAACACCUAGAGAUAUUGCUGCACAAAAAUAUUUAGAAAAAAUUGUUAAAGUUAUUGAUGUUCAUGUACCACCAGAUGUUAAGAAACCUUCUGAUUCUGGGUGUAGUAAAUCAAAUGUUGGAAGAAAAAAAAGGAAAUAUCCUGGUACUGCUAAUUCUACAAAUACUUCAGGUUCAAUUGGAACAUCAGCAAAUAAUCGUUUGGUAAAUGAUGCUUGUGGUACUAUGAAAAAUAAUUUAUCACCAUUAACUCCACCAAUUUCUGAUGGAUCAAAUUAUUCCAAAACACCAUCACCAUCACAUCCACCAUGUAAUAAAAAGCCAACAAUAAAUUAUAUGCAUGGAUAUCAACAAAUGCCACAACAAAAUAUAGGUCCUUCUGUUUUAAGUAGUCCUUUAAGUGAUAAUCAUUAUAAUAAUAUACAAAUACCUAAUUUUCUAUCAGAACAACAACUUCAAAAUAUGGGUAUGAUUGAUCAAAUGAUAAAUCAUAAUCAACAUCAUCAACAGUCGACGUCAACAAGGCAACAAAUACCAGGUCAUCAUUUGCAGAUGGGAGGAGGUGGACAGCGUUGUGAUAAUCAGCAACAGCAACAUUAUGGAGAUAUUUAUGAUCAAUCAUAUCACCAACAACAACCACUAAUUGAACAUAAUUAUCAUUCUCAUCAGCAACCACAACAACAAAUGAUACCAAAUUAUUAUCCAGGUAAUUUAGAGAAUCAUUACCAACUACCAUUACUUCAACACCAGCAUCAGCAACAACAACAGCAUCAUCAGCCUUUAUCACAACCUCCGGUCCAUCAUCAUAUACCUCCAGUCAAUCAUCAUUACUACCACCAACAAGAUAGUCAUUAUUAUACUGGUGGUUAUUAUCAUCAACAUUGA